AUGUUUUCUAACCAGCGAUGCGCCUCCACUUGUCUCUUUCCCCCAUCCCACCAUUCUCUACCAUUCCACUUCUCACCACCAUCGCUCUACAUCACGUCCUGUUAUCCCUGCUCCUUACUCUCUUUUCAUAUUGCGAUCCGACUCCUCCUGACUCUCCAUUUAGUUUUUCCCGCCACCCGUACCCAGUUCUCUUACCACUCAUUCAAUUCAUUCCAAUACACGCGUCUCUUUAUAUGCAUCUUUGGUAUUGGAGUAGAGAAUGGCUUGGGGCACUUUUACCCCAAAAUAACAUACCUUAAAACUAUAUUUUUUAUCAUAUCUAUCUAUCUAUCUAUCUAUCUAUCUAUCUAUCUAUCUAUCUAUCUAUCUAAACACGCUUUCAAAUUCCCUUUUCAUCCAUUGUCUUUUAUAUACUAUUCCCCUUUCUUAUUAUAUUUUCUGUCCCCAACCUGUUACACUAACUCCCCAAUCCCAAUCAAUAACCUCUUAUUUUCUCUAAAUCCCUCUUUCAGUAACUUGUCACUCUCUCUAACUCCUUCCCUCUAUACUUUCUUAGUUAAUUUCAUUUCACGACUCUAUAAUUUCUCUCUCUCUCUCUAA